AUUCUGAUACUUCAAAACUUUGUGCUUCAUACUCCAAACUCCAAACUCCAAACUCCAAACUCCAAACUCCAAACUCCAAACUUCACCUCUAAAAAUAUCUACCUACUAUUUGUGACAAUCUUUAUCAUCUUCACUUCCUAGUCAAGCAAGCUUGCAUCAUUUCUCAGACAUGGAGGCAUAGCCUAGCCAAUUCCUCCAUUCAUAGAUAGUUUCCGACUGGGUGAAGUUUACCAUCAUCUGGAAGCAUCCGAACUUCAUCUGAAUUCCAAGAAACCACGUCAUGCUAGAGAAUCUUCUAACAUUGGCUACAAUAAUUUCUACCAUAUUCACAAUUACCCUCUUAUUAAUACCGAAACGAUAUAUCAAGCAUUCGCCUCCAAUGGCUACUCAAGAUGGCGCAAAUGUCGAGCCGAAGAUCUCUGUUCAGGUUUUGGUCUUAGGAGAUAUCGGGCGAAGUCCUCGAAUGCAAUACCAUGCUAUGAGUAUAGCAAAACAUGGUGGAAGAGUUGAUCUCAUUGGAUAUGAAGAAUCUGAACUCCCUUCUGGCUUGACAGAUAAUCCUCUAAUUACAAUCGUACCUUUACCUCUACCACCAGCAAAUUUACGAGAUGGUACUAUACCAUUCUUCUUCGCAGGUCCUUGCAAGGUUUUAUGGCAGAUUUGGAGUUUAUUUUUUGUUUUAUGUUACACUACAAAACCAGCAAGAUGGCUCUUAGUUCAGAACCCUCCCUCAAUUCCCACCUUCUUCGUCGCAUACCUCGUCUGUUUGAUACGCAAUACUCAUUUAAUAAUUGAUUGGCAUAAUUAUGGAUGGACUAUCCUCGCAGGAACAAGAGGCCCUAAACAUAUCUUCGUUCGACUAUACAAAUGGUAUGAAGCUUUCCUCGGAUCGUGGGCACCGACAGCUUCAUUCACAGUUUCAAAAGCGAUGGAGCGCCAACUACGCGAAAGUCCCUACAAGAUCAAAUCACCAAUCUUUACCCUUCACGAUCGACCUGCUUCCAUUUUCCAACCGAUUACUGACGAGGCGAAGCGAUGUGCCUUUCUUCAACGUUUACCAGAAACAAAAGAUCAUGUCGAUGCAAUUAUGAAUGGAGAUGUACGACUACUAGUUAGCAGUACAUCAUGGACUCCUGAUGAAGAUUUCAACCUGCUUUUAGAUGCGCUCGUUAAAUAUGGACCAUUUGCCGAAUUCGAUUGCCCGCCGGUUCUUGCUAUCAUCACUGGAAAGGGUCCUCAAAAACAGAUGUAUCUUGAUCGAAUUGCAGAACUCACUGAAAGCUAUGAUUUGGUCAAUGUUACAAUCAAGACUGCAUGGCUUAGUAUCGAAGAUUACGCCUCGUUACUUGCAUGCGCCGACCUUGGGGUCUGUUUACAUAAGAGUAGUAGUGGUGUAGAUUUACCCAUGAAAGUGGUUGAUAUGUUUGGAGCAGGAUUACCGGUAGUUGGAUAUGAUCAAUAUUUCAGUUGGCCUGAAUUGGUCAAGGAAGGUAUUAAUGGAUGGGGAUUUACAACCGCGAAAGAUUUGGCAGAUAUUUUGGAGGAAGUCUUCAAAGAUACAAGUGGAAAGGAAUUAGCGAGAUUAAAGAAGGGGGCUAUUGAAGAGGGAAGAAAGAGAUGGGAUGAAGAAUGGGAUGGGGUUGCUGGGAGACUUUUAGGAUUGAUUGACUGAUUGUGGAAAGGAAUGGAUCCUAGGUAUGCAUGCAGUUGUAAAUAAUGUACAGGAUAUACUUCGUAGUGUACCAUAAUCUCUGUAGAUGUAACAUCGACAGACAAAAGUGCUUAGGGACAUUGACAGCAAGUCAGCGGCCAAUUUACUAUGCAUAUAUUAAAACCAUCAGCCCUAUCGUAACAAUAGUAUCCACACUUCAUGUAGCUUAUUUCGACCCCAGUCCCACCAUGAGAAACUUGCAUGUUACAACACGUUUCGUACACAGGAAUGGCUCGAAUGGAUAACAAUGGCGAAUGGUUCAAUCUGAGCAACUAUCAAUCUGUAAUCUGUUCUUGAUAAACUUAUGACUCAAAAAUCCUUCUCAGAGGCUUGGCCAGAAUAUGACCAAGUUGGAAUACAACACCAACACUGAUUAUUCAAGGAUAUGGUUGAGGUUUCUUUUAGUCUCCAAUUUGAUACUGGCCCGUAAGUGAAUUGUUGUUGCGCAGAGAGGAGGAAGAGGAAAACGAAGAGAGAGAAGAUGGCUUUGGUGAUUCAUUGAGCUGUGUAAAUGAAGUGACGCUCCGCUGGUCCUCCGGAGGCCACUGCCGUGGGGGCAGCCCCGGUAUCUAAAGGCAUACGUUUCGUUUUAAGAUAUUUGAUUGGAGAUGGUUUGCUGUGGCAAGGAGGAAGAGGUAAGAUCUUGUUCUGGUACGGUAUGGAUAGUGGGUAAAUGGUUGAGCCGUAUCCGUAUAUGCCGUGAGUGUUCUAUAUCCAAGGAGUCCCAUAGAUGAAAAUGUGAAGGGGAUAUCAAGUUGGUUGACGUUAUUUCAUUCAAGACGUUGUUCUUUUGUAGCCAUGCAUCUGCACUUGUACCUACCUAGUUUUU